UGCGCUUGGACUGGCCGGCGGGACUCCGCGGUCCGCCGAGGGGUGGGCGAGCUGGGCCUCCUGCUCCCUGCGCCCCAGCGACCCGACUCGGGACCCCGGCCGUUUCCGGGGCGAGCAAGGGCGUUGGGGCCUCGCUGCCGGGCCUCCCCUCCGAGGGAAGGAGGGCAGCCGGCUCAGCUCGGGAAUUUCUGAAUAGGAGAGGGAAGAGAUGUCACCAGGCUUCAAGAUGCUGCGGGCACAUAGGACCCAACUGGACAGGCUGGUGCGCAGCUUCUCCAAAGGGCUUCACCACAAAGCUGUGAUGGCCCUGAGGAGGGAGGAUGUGAAUGCCUGGGAGAGAAGGGCGCCUCUGGCUCCCCGGCACAUCAAAGGGAUCACGCAGCUGGGAUACAAGGUCUUAAUUCAGCCUUCCAAUCGCCGGGCCAUUCAUGAUAAGGAUUAUGUCAAAGCUGGUGGCAUUCUUCAGGAGGAUAUUUCUGAGGCUUGUCUAAUUUUGGGAGUGAAAAGACCCCCAGAGGAAAAAUUAAUGUCCAAGAAGACUUAUGCUUUCUUCUCGCACACAAUAAAGGCUCAGGAGGCCAAUAUGAGCUUAUUGGAUGAGAUCCUAAAACAGGAAAUCCGACUUAUUGAUUAUGAGAAAAUGGUGGAUCAUAGAGGACUUCGGGUAGUGGCGUUUGGACAGUGGGCAGGUGUGGCAGGGAUGAUCAACAUUUUACAUGGAAUGGGUUUAAGGCUCCUUGCUUUGGGACAUCACACACCUUUUAUGCACAUUGGCAUGGCUCAUAACUACAGGAACAGCAGUCAGGCUGUACAAGCUGUCCGUGAUGCUGGCUAUGAAAUUUCUCUGGGUUUGAUGCCAAAGUCCAUAGGGCCCUUAACAUUUGUGUUCACUGGGACUGGUAAUGUGUCGAAGGGAGCCCAAGAUAUCUUCAAUGAACUACCCUGUGAGUAUGUGGAACCACAUGAAUUAAAAGAAGUUUGCCAAACUGGAGACCUGAGAAAAGUGUAUGGGACGGUGUUAAGCCGCCAUCAUCAUCUUGUCAGGAAAACAGAUGGUGUAUAUGAUCCCGUAGAGUAUGACAAGUAUCCUGAGCGCUACAUGAGCCGCUUUAGUACUGAUAUCGCACCAUAUACAACUUGUUUAAUUAAUGGGAUCUACUGGGAACAAAACACCCCUCGUCUCCUAACCCGCCAAGAUGCUCAGAGUCUCCUGGCUCCAGGCAAAUUCUCAGAUGCUGGUGUUGAAGGCUGCCCUGCAUUACCACAUAGACUUGUGGCAAUAUGUGACAUUUCAGCGGACACAGGAGGAUCUAUAGAGUUUAUGACCGAGUGUACGACAAUAGAGCAUCCCUUUUGCAUGUAUGAUGCGGACCAGCACAUUAUUCAUGACAGUGUUGAAGGCUCUGGAAUUCUGAUGUGUUCCAUUGACAAUUUGCCGGCAGAGCUUCCAAUUGAAGCCACAGAGUACUUUGGAGACAUGCUUUACCCUUAUGUUGAAGAAAUGAUAUUGUCAGACGCAACACAACCUCUUGAAAGUCAGAAUUUUUCUCCUGUGGUGCGAGAUGCAGUGAUUACAUCCAAUGGUACAUUGCCUGAUAAGUAUAAAUAUAUCCAGAAACUCCGAGAGAGCAGGGAGCGUGCUCAGACACUCUCAGGCACCAAGAAAAAGGUCUUGGUUCUUGGAACUGGUUACAUAUCUGAGCCUGUACUGGAAUACCUGUCAAGAGAUGACAACAUAGAAAUAACAGUAGGCUCUGACAUGAAGAAUCAAAUUGAACAGUUAGGAAAGAAAUAUAAUAUUAAUCCUGUUAGCGUGGACAUUGGUAAACAAGAAGAGAAGUUGGGCUCCUUGGUGGCAACACAGGAUCUUGUCAUCAGCUUGUUGCCUUAUGUCUUGCAUCCUCUUGUGGCCAAGGCAUGUAUCACAAACAAAGUUAACAUGAUCACUGCAAGCUACAUAACACCAGCACUCAAAGAGUUAGAAAAGAGUGUGUCAGAUGCUGGCAUCACAGUCAUUGGCGAAUUGGGAUUGGACCCUGGUCUUGAUCAUAUGUUGGCAAUGGAGACAAUAGAUAAGGCCAAAGAAGUGGGAGCCACGAUUGAAUCUUACGUUUCCUACUGUGGGGGGCUUCCAGCCCCUGAGCAUUCGGACAAUCCUUUGCGAUACAAGUUUAGCUGGAGUCCCAUGGGAGUUUUGAUGAACAUCAUGCAGCCUGCCACCUAUCUGCUCAAUGGCAAGGUUGUGAAUGUUGCAGGCGGGGGCUCAUUUCUUGAUGUGGUUACUCCCAUGGAUUAUUUCCCCGGAUUAAAUUUGGAAGGCUAUCCCAACAGAGACAGUACAAAAUAUGCUGAGAUCUAUGGCAUUCCGUCUGCUCACACGUUGUUGCGGGGGACGCUGAGAUAUAAGGGAUAUGCCAAAGCCUUGAAUGGAUUUGUAAAAUUGGGUCUUUUAAAUAGAGAUACAUUUCCUGCCCUUCGACCUGAGGCCAACCCUGUCACCUGGAAAGAACUCCUCUGUGAUCUAGUUGGAAUUUCACCCUCCUCCAAGCAUGAUGUGCUUAAGGAAGCUGUCUUUAAGAAACUAGGAGAUGAUACCCAGCUGGAGGCUGCUGAAUGGUUGGGCUUACUUGGGGAUGAACAAGUCCCUCAGGCGGAGUCUGUUGUGGAUGCGCUCUCCAAGCAUUUGGCCAUGAAACUUUCCUAUGGCCCUGGAGAGAAAGAUAUGAUUGUGAUGAGAGACAGCUUUGGAAUCAGACAUUCUUCUGGACAUUUAGAAAGUAAAACUAUUGAUCUUGUGGUUUAUGGGGACGUCAAUGGCUUUUCAGCCAUGGCUAAAACUGUGGGGUUACCCACAGCUAUGGCGGCCAAGAUGUUACUUGAUGGUGAAAUUCAAGCUAAAGGUCUGAUGGGGCCCUUUUCGAAGGAGAUCUAUGGACCAAUACUGGAACGAAUUAAAGCAGAAGGCAUUGUAUAUACUACACGGAGCACAAUCAAACCAUAAUUGAGAAUUAUAUUUUGUUCUUAUCUUUCUAGGCAACACAGCUGUGAACGUUUAUGCGACAAACAUGCUUGCCAAUGUGCUUUUUUAAAGCGCGAUAAGUUUUGAUUAAGUGAAUACAGUGGUGUUUUUGAAAUACCAAUCUCUAUUUUAGUAUAAGAUAAAAAUACUUAGAACAGGAGAUGCCAGUAAUUACCAGAUAACUUUAAUAAUUAUAUAAUGUAUUUUUUUCAUGUAUAUGUGAAAAUGAUAAUGACUGUGCUAUUUGUUAAUUUAUCGUGCAACUUUUUUCUUACAAGAAUAUAUUUUCCUAUAAUCAGCCGAUGAAGGUAUAUCUUUUAGUAAGAAAAAAUUUCCUCAUGCAGCUGUAUUUGUAUUUUUCAAAUUGAUUCAGUUCGAUUUAUUUAGAUUACCUACGUACAAACCUUUGCAAUAGUGCUAUUUUAUGCUUUGUUUGUAACAUUAUGAUUUAUUUAGUAAAGGUCAUUUCUUAUAGUUUUUCUUUAGUGUUUGGAAAAGGCGACAGGUGAGAUUAAAUCACAAUCCACACGAUCACCUCAUUAGUCACAGCAAAAGCAUUUAACAAAAUCUAAUACGUUUUCAUGAUAAAAACACUCAUCAAACUAGGAAUAGGAACUUCUUAAACCUGAUGUAGCAUAUCAGUGAAAAACCCAUAGCUAGCAUCAUACUUAAUGAUGAAAGACUGACGGAUUUCCCCCUAAAAUCAGAAACAAGAGAAGGAUGUCUGCUCUCACCACUUCUAUUCAACUUGUACUGGAGGGUCUAGCCAGGGCAAUUAGGCAAGAAAAUGAAAUAAAACACCUCCAGAUCAGAAGGGAAGAAGUAACACUCUCUCUAUUUGCAAAUGGUGUGAUAUUAUGUGUAGAAAAUCCAAAGGAACUCUCAAGAAAACAUUAGAACUAAUAAAUGAAUUCAGCAAAGUUGCAAGAUAAAAGAUUAAUAUACAAAAAUCAAUUGUGUCUCUAUAUAAUAUUGAUGAAUGAAACGAUACUAAGAAAACAAUUCAAUUUACAAUAGCAUGAAAAAAGAAUAAAAUAGGAAUAGAUCAAGAGUCCAGAAAUAGCUCCCACUAUUUAUGGUCAAUUGAUUUUUGAAAAGAAUGCUAAGACCACUCAACAGGGGAAAAUAGUCUUUUCAUCAAGGGGUGCUGGAACAACUGGAUAUCCACAUGAAAAAGAAUGAAUUUAGAUCUCUACCUUACACCACAUCUAAAAGUUAACUCAAAAUAGACCAAUGACCUAAAUGUAUGAGCAAAUACUAUAGAACUUUUAGAAGAAAACAUAGGCAUAAAUCUUUAUGACCUUGGAUUAGACAGUAGUUUCUUAAAUAAAUGACACCAAAAGCAUGAGAAACAAAAGAAAAAAAUAGAUAAAUUGGAAAUCAUCAAAAUUCAGAACUUUUGUGCUUCUUAAGACACCAACGAGAAAGCAAAAAGAUAACCCACAGAAUGAGAGAAAAUUUUGGCAAAUCAUAUAUCAAAUAAGGGAGGAAUUUGUAUUUAGAAUAUAUAAAGAGCUAUGAUAACUCAAUAAAAAGACAAAUAACUCAAUUUAA